AGCUGCAGUGACAUUUCAUUUUAGAGUACUGUUACGGUUUUGGUAAUUUGUUUUUACUUUUUUGUUUGUUAAUAAAUCAAUACGUUUAAAAACAUUUGUUUAACUCUAAUUAUUAUUUUUAUUAAUUUUAAUGUAUUUAUUAUGUAAUUGUUGAAUACUGCACAUAUUGUAUGUAAGCUAAAUUAAAUUGGUAUUAUCAAUAAAGCGAACGCAUGUUAAAAUGAAAGAGAAUUAUAGUUGUCAAAAAGCUGUCAAAAAUUCAAUACAUUUUUGCAUACGAAUACGAAUAUGGUUUUACUAGACAAUUCUUCGUUUAUAAUCCGGUUAGAAAAAUUUGCUAAUGCUGCGAAGAAGGACUCUUCAUUUUCCGUAACAUUCAAACGUUACAAUGGCCAAAAUAGACCGAACCCCCGAGACGGACGAUCAGAUAUACCCGAACCUGAAGUAUAUUUGUGCCUUAUGCGAGCACAAACAAAAUCAAAAAAAAUAUCUACUAUAGUGCGGCAAGAAGAUGUACCCAGAAUGAUUAAUAUGUAUGGUCAAUUCAUGAAAAGCAACAUGGAUGGUCUGAAGCGUGUUAAGAAAGCGAAGAGCAAAUCAAAGGCGGCAAAAGGAUAAAUGUAUCUAAAACAACUAUAUAAAUUAUCACAAUUGGAUAAUAACUGUCAGUAACUGCUAUUAAUAUCUAAAAUAUAGGCUUUAGCAGGGUAAUUUUGAAUUAAAUAAAAAUAAUUUUUUAACUGGUGUAAAAAAGCACAUUGGUAAAAAAAAC